CGCGGGAGCGACAGGACGGGCAGAGGUCGGUCCCAAACCUACUAGAACGAACCAUUACAAUAUGAAGGGGUGGGCAAAGAACUCCUGUUAGAAAAUUAGGAAAAGGAGGAGUGCUUCCCAGUUGGCUGUUGCAACGAUAGUUACUAUAGAGCAUUUAAAUGAGACUAGAAAUCUUUAAUAUUCCUCAAGAGGAGGAGUCAGGUAACUUUUCCUCUGCACCUUCCCCCACAAGCGUCCGUGGUGCUGCCGCCGCUCCAGCGCCGCCGUGGUGCUGGUCGCCGUGGACGGAAGCUGACGGGGAUCAACUCAAGUCAUGCAGGUUGUAAGAAACGCGGGUUCUCGGCUCUUGCGGUCAUGGGCAUGGCCACCGAAGACCAGGGUCGUGGCUGGACUGCCGGCCUCCACCAUCCGCACGAGCGCCCCGCAUUUGCAAGACGCGGCGGCCAAGCAGGACAUUGAGGACAAGGAGGAGGCUCGGACUCCGAGCCACAGCAGCUUCAGCAUUUACCCUCCAAUUCCAGGACAAGAGAGCUCUCUGAGGUGGGCAGGAAAGAAAUUUGAGGAGAUCCCCAUCGCACACAUUAAAGCAUCCUACAACAACACACAGAUCCAGGUGGUCUCUGCCGCUCACCAGCCCCUUGUGCGCGCUUCCUGUGGCACAGAGGGCUUUCGGAAUGCCAAGAAGGGCACGGGCAUUGCAGCACAAACGGCUGGCAUAGCUGCUGCAGCGAAAGCUACAGGGAAAGGUGUGACCCACGUCCGAGUUGUGGUGAAAGGCCUGGGGCCAGGGCGCUUGUCUGCCAUCAAGGGCCUGACCAUGGGAGGCCUGGAAGUGAUCUCAAUCACAGACAACACCCCCAUCCCACACAACGGAUGCCGCCCCAGGAAGGCUCGGAGGCUAUGAUUCAGGAAGCCUGCACCUGAACCUGACCUUCAGUCCCCCUCCAGCUGUACUUCGUAGAAAGCAUGCUGUCAGAGCUCUCUCCAGGGAGGGCUUGUCGGAGACCCUUCAGGCAGUAGGGGGAGCUCUACCUCCUUCCAGGUGGCCUUUGCUUGCUCCUUCCACUGGAGGGAGAGCCACGUGCCCAGAAGUGAGGCCACACCCUUCUUGGACAUGAAGGGGCUGCAAGGGCCAUAACUGCUCCCUCUGCUUAGAGAAAAUAAAAAUCUCUACCGUCUGUAGUAA